CAUGAUUUAGAAAAUGGGCAGAAACAGGUCCCUCAACACAAUAAGGUGGAGAGAAAUAGUAGAAUUGAAAUAUCUGAAGAGAAGCUACAACAAUGUUGGUCCGAAAACCCGAUGUCACUACAAGAAACUGCAGAAAAAAUAUUUGGAGUAUCGAGGUCUACAUUGAAACGAACAAUAAAAGAAUUGGGUGUCGAGAAGUGGCCAAGAAAAGGAAGAAAACAACAGCCUGAUGCAAAGAAGAGGAAAACAAACAAUACAGCACCAUUUGAAAGUUAUUGCUCACAACAGAAUGUGGUGAACCUAGGUAGUUCAGCAGCUCACACGGAAAAUGUGCAGUGUAUAAUGGGAUCAGACCUGCAUUUGGAAGAGCCCUUAAUUGAAAGCCAUAUGGAUAUCCAGCAACAAGUCCAAGGGCAUCUGGAAGGCGCUCUUCAUACAACUGAAAGUUCAGGCACAAUUGUUGUAAAAGCCACUUACAAGGAGCUUUCAGUGAGAAUUGUUUUCUCUUUGACUUUACCGAUUAAUCAACUAAUUGAAGAAAUAGGCAUGAAGUUCCAACUUGAGUUGAACAAAUAUAGAUUGCUUUAUCAAGAUGAAGAUAAAGAGUGGAUGAUGCUGACUAGUGUGGAAGAUUUGAAGUAUGCUUCGAAUGUUGCUGAAUCAUUGGGAACCAAGUUUGUUAGAUUGUCUGUUAUUGACUAUGUUGUUUAAUAAUGUGCUUCCAUUUAUUUGAGUGAUUUAAGUGUAACACUCCAAAGUUGACCUAAGUAUUGUAGAGAUGUUUGUCUGUUAUGAACAAAAAAUUGUCGUGAUGUAACUCAAUAACUUUACUGCUCUACUGAAUAAUACCAGUACAUGAAUAUUUUUAUUUUUUGUGAUGGAACAAGAACUUUGUGAUA